AGGAAAACCCCAAAGCUGGAUGACUGUUUGACAGAACUAACGUCGUUUUAGUUGACUAUUGGACUACGAACGACACUUUAAAGUAGUCGCUGCUUUACACGCAACGCGAAAUUUUGGUUAUAUCAAACAACAUAGAAGUCGAAACAAAAAGAAGAUAUCCAAAAGUCGUUCCUUGCACUUAUGCUGCUUUAAAGUGUUGAUAAAGUUGUAGGAAUUUUUACAAUUAUGAAUUUGUUCACCAGAUCCUUAAUCUGGAUAGCAAUAGUUUUAACAACAAAUUCAUACCUUGCUUCAAGUCAAAAAUGUGGAGGAACUUGCACACAAUGCAGUAACAUAUGUGUUGGUAAAAAAGGAGAUAGGGGCAGUGGAGGCUUGCCGGGAUACAGAGGACCUCCAGGAUUACCGGGAUUUCCGGGUCCUGAAGGUCCCAUUGGUGCACCUGGUGAUAAAGGAGACUCCGGACAACCUGGAAUGGUUGGUGAUGCAGGAUCAAGAGGAAAAGUUGGACCACCUGGUCUACCUGGAAAUCCUGGAAGACAUGGUCAUCCUGGUAACGAUGGUAGACAGGGAGAACCUGGAUUGCCUGGAUGUAAUGGCACUAAAGGAGAUAGAGGACCGAGUGGACCACGAGGACGGGAUGGCACAAGAGGAGAUCGAGGUUUGACUGGAGACGUUGGUCCUGCUGGUGAACCUGGUGAUUCAACAGCCACCCGUUUAAAAGGACAAAAAGGUGAACCUGGAAGGGAUGGAGAUCAGGGUUUUACUGGAGACCAAGGAAAUACUGGCGAAAAGGGGAACACAGGGGCAAAAGGAAACAGAGGUAGGACAGGUGGUAGAGGACUCAAAGGCGAACCAGGCUUUCUGAGAAACCUUACUUACCUUGGUGUUAAAGGAGAUCGUGGACCAAAAGGUAUACCUGGUCCACCCGGUAUAGCAUGCCAAACACAAGUUACUGGGAAUUUGACAACGGUUGAUGCACCAAAGGGAGCUAAUGGAACCAAAGGUCAAAAAGGAGAGCCUGGAUCACAAGGUCCCGCUGGAAAGUCUGGAGAACAGGGAGAUGACGGCGAACAGGGUGCUACUGGUGACAGAGGAGAAAGGGGUGCAAUUGGACCUAAGGGAUCCAAAGGCAUGAUCGGAAACACAGGCAGAAGUGGAGAACAAGGACAGAGGGGAGAAAUUGGUCCAGUUGGAAGUCGUGGUGAAAAAGGUGAUACAGGUCCGAAAGGUGACCGUGGAAUUACAGGGAAUGCUGGAAGAGACGGAGAACCAGGAAGGCCAGCAACAGGUACACCUGGAGCACAAGGCGAUGAAGGUCCGCGCGGUCCUGCUGGAAGUGAUGGAAUACAGGGACCUGUAGGACCAGCUGGUCCUCCCGGAAAAAUGGGAGAAACAGGACCUCUUGGUCCUAAAGGUAAUGACGGUGAACCAGGCCCUGCUGGUCCAACAGGCGAAAAUGGAAACCCGGGUGAGCCAGGAAUGAAAGGUCCUACUGGUCCGCAAGGACCACAAGGAGAAAAAGGAAACACAGGCAUACCUGGAAACCCUGGUCUAAGCAUGAGUGGAACACCGGGAAUGGAUGGUGAUACUGGGCCACGUGGACCCCCAGGAGAACAAGGACCAACUGGUUUUCCAGGACCUGCCGGUAAGCCAGGACAAGUUACUACAGAAAAAGGUGAAAAAAUAUUUCCAGGUGCCCCCGGAGAAAGAGGCCCACCAGGACUAAAAGGGGUUGAAGGUGAACAAGGUAAAACUGGUAGGCGGGGAGAAAAAGGAGCACCAUGCACAUCGUGCCCUCCUGGACCACAGGGAGAAAGAGGUUUGCCUGGUCAAGCAGGUAUUGAUGGUGCACCAGGCGAAAGAGGUUUAAAAGGCGAAAAAGGAGGAAUUGGUGCUGAAGGAAGUGUUGGUAACCCUGGUCCGCGCGGUGAAACUGGACCGCAGGGAAACCCAGGUGAACAAGGACGUCAAGGAGCGAAUGGUGCGAAAGGUGCUGCAGGGAAAGAUAUAGUUAUUAACGGGGAAAGAGGAGAUCGGGGUGAGCCUGGCCAACCGGGAAGUACUGGUCCUGUUGGCUUUCCCGGAGCUAUAGGUCCGCGUGGUGAUCCAGGCAGCCCUGGACCACCAGGAGAGAAUGGAAUUCAAGGAGAAACUGGUGGUAAUGGAGCGCCUGGUCGAAAUGGUAUUGAUGGAGAAAAUGGUGCAAACGGAGAAAAAGGUGAACCUGGAGUAGGCGAAAGAGGAUUCAGAGGAGAACGUGGAGCUACUGGACCAAGAGGGCUAACAGGUCCAAGAGGACCAAUCGGACAACCGGGGAAGAAAGGUGAACCAUUUCCAACCAUCUUAAAGGGCCCACCAGGUUUGCCAGGUCAGAAAGGAAAUACUGGGCAAGCAGGUCCUGCAGGAGCAGUUGGUCCCGCAGGUCCACCAGGUGUUCAAGGAGAAGACGGUCAAAGAGGAGAACCUGGAAAUGGAGAAAAAGGAAAUAAAGGAAACCAAGGUCUACGUGGACAACCAGGACAAGUAGGAGAAAGAGGAAGAGACGGAGCUAAUGGCAUACGUGGAGAAAAGGGAGUACCUGGACAAGAUGGUCCAGCAGGUCCAGCUGGUCCUAUCAAGGGUGAGAAGGGUGAUUCAGGAGAUCCUGGUGAGCGAGGGAAAGACGGUCCUCCUGGAACUUCUGCAGCGCGGGGAUUACCUGGAGCCCCUGGCCUAAAUGGCACGAAGGGGGAAAAGGGUGACUCCGGAUCGCGUGGAAGUUCAGGCGAUCCAGGAACUAGAGGUCCACCGGGUAACAGAGGUGAGAGAGGAGAAAAAGGAGAUCGUGGAGAAUCUCGUGCUGGAGAAAAAGGAGAUCCUGGCAAGGAAGGAAAACGAGGAGAAAAGGGACGUGAUGGACGUGAUGGUCAGAAUGGAGUUGGUAUUCCUGGACCAAGAGGUGAUCAAGGUGAGAGCGGUAACCCUGGAGUUGGAGUUAGAGGACCACCAGGAGAGCGAGGUGAAGAUGGGCUACGUGGUGAACCGGGUAAAUCAGGCUACAAAGGUGAUAUCGGACCCCCAGGGAAGGAUGGGAAAGAUGGAACACCAGGAAAAGAUGGCGCAAUAGGGGAGCCAGGAGAAACUGGAAAAAAAGGAGACACAGGACCCGUCGGGCCGGAAGGAAGAGAAGGAGAAAGAGGAGAACCUGGAUAUGUUGGAGAAAAAGGAGCUAAGGGUAAUUCUGGUCCACGGGGACCUCCCGGGGCAACAAGUAGUGUUCAGGGACCAAAAGGCAGCAGAGGAAGACCUGGUCAAAUAGGUGAACCAGGAAGACAGGGAGAACCAGGUGGCCCUGGGCCACAAGGGGAAAAAGGAGAUCCAGGUAUUGGUACUGAAAAGGGAAACAAAGGUGACAUCGGUCCCCCUGGACCCGCAGGGGAAAAAGGCGACAGGGGUGAACGGGGUUCUGAAGGGCGUCAAGGGGAAACAGGUAGGGAAGGAGCCAGAGGUGAGCCAGGACGAGAAGGACCACCAGGUGCUAUAGGAGAUCCAGGUUUACAAGGAAGAGAUGGACCAGCUGGUCCGUCAGGCCCACCAGGAGAAAAAGGAAGCACAGGUUUUAUUGGCAAGCCUGGAGACAAAGGGGAACCAGGCCCAAAAGGACCAAAAGGAGAUCGUGGAUUAUAUGAAAGAGGAGAAACUGGUCCAAUCGGACCCCCUGGACCAACUGGACCCCAAGGACCGCCUGGAAAGGAUUAUGUUUUAUCUGUUGAUAAAAUAGAAACAGAUAUUGAAAAGGGUAGCAAAGGACAGAGGGGAAAACAAGGCGAAAGGGGAGAGCGAGGUGAAAAAGGAGAAAUAGGUGAACCAGGUGUUAUAGGCAAUGUUGGCGAAGACGGUCCAGCAGGUGAUGUCGGAGAUAAAGGAGAUAAAGGAGAAAAAGGAAGAGAUGGUACCCAGGGGACACCUGGUGUUAAAGGAAAUAGUGGUGCUCCUGGUCGUGAUGGUCCAAUAGGUGAAAAGGGAGACGUAGGUACACCAGGCCAGGAUGGUGCCACUGGCCCUCAAGGACAACAAGGUCCAGAGGGACCAACUGGUAAAUCUGGAGAACCAGGAAGUAGGGGAGAUAAAGGUGUGGCUGGGCCACCUGGUCCAGAUUGUCCUGAAGUAAGAGGACCUUCUGGAGAACGUGGAGAGAAAGGAAAUACGGGGAACAGAGGCAAAAAAGGAGAACCAGGACCACCAGGAGAAUCAAACGAAAUAGGUGCUAAAGGUGACCCUGGUGAGCCAGGAGAAAAGGGCGUUGAAGGAGCUGCAGGUCCCCAGGGUGAAGAUGGACCCUCUGGUAGAGAAGGAGCCACUGGACCACCAGGACCAGAGGGUUUUAAAGGACAGAAGGGUGAACCCGGGAAAUUAGGUCCAAUCGGACCUAAAGGAAAGGAUGCCGUAGGAACAGGUGAGAAAGGCGACAAAGGAGAAAAGGGUGCAACCGGUCCCGUUGGCGCCGAUGGUCCAAGAGGAGAAGAUGGUAGCCGAGGGCCUCAAGGGCCACCAGGACCACAAGGUGAUAAAGGCGACAAAGGGGAAGAUGGUCUGAGUGGUCAAAAUGGUCAAGAUGGACCCGCAGGCCCACCAGGCCCACAAGGUGUGCAAGGAAAAGAAGGAGUAAAGGGAGAUUUUGGACCACCAGGACCGGCAGGAAAGAGCGGAUCAGCUGAUUUUGGUCACUAUCUUGUCAAACACAGUCAAUCAACCACUGUACCCGAGUGUCCGACAGGUAUGGCUAAAAUGUGGGAAGGGUACAGUUUCCUGUACUCACAAGGAAAUGGAAGAAGUCAUGGACAAGAUCUUGGUCAACCUGGAUCAUGCUUAUCUCGUUUCAGUACUAUGCCAUUUAUGAUUUGUGACUUGGAAAACAAAUGUACAGUAGCCUCUCGUAAUGAUUACUCGUACUGGUUGAGCGCACGAGACGAAAUGACUAUGAUGCCAUUGAGAGAUGCUGAAAUUGAGAGGUUUAUUUCAAGGUGCGUUGUGUGCGAAGCACCUGCUAAUGUCAUAGCUGUACACAGUCAAAGUUUGUCUAUUCCAACUUGUCCAAAUGGAUGGAGAAGUGAAUGGGUUGGGUACAGUUUAUUGCAGUAUAACGCAGCUGGUGCACAAGGGUCUGGACAGAUGCUACAAUCCUCGGGUUCCUGCUUACCUAAUAUGCGGAACAAUCCUUACAUAGAAUGUCAUGGUCGUGGCACAUGUUGGUACUAUGCAACGCAAGUCACCUUUUGGCUGUCCACUAUAAACGAGCAAAAUCAAUUUGAAACACCUGUUUCCGAAACACUGAAAGGUCAAGAUAAGGUCAAUCGAGCUAGCAGAUGUUCUGUUUGCAUUAAACAGACCAGCACAACAUCCUCGAACGAACCUUAGAUCUAACUAGAAUUUAUUGCACAAAAAGCAAGGCGCGAAGGUAUCUAUUGUAUAGUGAAAAACAACAAUCAGUAAAUUGUGUAUAUUAUACAGAAUAGUUCUUGCAAAAUAAUUUAUAUUUUGCCGAACUAUAUCAGCAAAUUUGUAGCUGGUCAGCGGUUAUAUGUAUUAAAACAAUUUUACCACAGAGAAUGUUAAUUUAAGAUAGCAAACUUUUUGUUUGUUUGUUUGUUUGUUUGUUCAGUUUUUUACACAAAUUGUUUCACUCGAGCUUUAGUAGUUUUCCUCUCAAACUUUUAAAUUCCGACAUAAAUUGCCGGUUUGUCUCGCUCACUUAAACUCUAUAUAAAAAGACACACACAUAAAAUGUGAUAGCUUUUUUCGAUAUUUAGGAAUGCAUUUUGAUAGUUUUGUGAAAGCCAUGGUGAAUUGAUUUUAUUCCAGAAUAAUAUCUGAACAUAUUUAACUCUUUACAUAUUAUUGUCAAAAAAAUAUUUUUUUAAAA